AUGCGUUGCCUUUGGAUCACUGUUUUUCUUUCGCUGCUUGCUGGUGCAGAUGCCCAUCCCUUGGAUACUCCUGUUGUUGACCAAGUAGUGAGCUCGUCCUUGAGCUCUCCUGCUGACCAUACAACGAGGGUAUCUACACCACCCUCAAGAUCAGCCAGAACUUCAUCAGUGUCAUCUGAAGAAGUAGCUGUUGACGAUACAUCGUACUGGCUUGCAGACAUUACCCACCAAGGAGUAGCAGCGUUCAACCCAAACCCCUCUGGAUACAAAGUAUUUCGGAAUGUGAAGGACUACGGAGCUAAAGGUGAUGGUGUGACGGAUGAUACCGCUGCAAUCAAUGCAGCCAUCAGUGACGGUGAUCGCUUUUCUCCAGCAAGCCGUAAAACCUCCACGACAACUCCUGCUAUUGUCUACUUUCCAGCUGGAACAUAUCUCAUCUCCACCUCCAUUGUGGAUUACUACUUCACUCAGCUUAUUGGUAACCCGAACUCGCGGCCGAUUAUCAAAGCCACCUCGGGAUUCAAGGGACUUGGGCUAAUUGACGGCGACGAAUAUCAAAGCGACGGAAACCAAGGUUGGACCUCGACAAAUGUGUUCUUCCGGCAAAUUCGAAACUUUGUCCUUGACUUGACUGCUAUCCCUGCGACUACCGCCGCAACUGGUAUCCAUUGGCCAACUGGGCAAGCGUCGAGUAUCCAAAAUGUGCAAAUUGAGAUGAGUUCCGGCUCAGGAACGAAGCAACAAGGACUUUUCAUCGAGAACGGCUCCGGAAGUUUUAUAGAGGGAGUAACGAUCAUUGGCGGCGAGUAUGGCGCAAACAUUGGAAACCAACAGUUUACAAUGCGCAACCUCAAGAUCUCCAAUGCAGUGGUGGGAAUAUCACAAAUUUGGAAUUGGGGCUGGACAUAUCAGGGAAUCACUCUGACAAACUGCACAACGGCGUUUUCUAUGAACGGCGGUGGCCCUGAUGCGCAGACAGUGGGUUCAGUGAUAAUUAUCGACAGUGAUAUCCAGAACUGUCCAGUCUUCGUCGACACUGCAUGGCACAGCUCUACCUGGAGCAAUGGUAGCUUGAUCUUGGAGAACGUGUCUCUUAAAAACGUCCCAGUUGCUGUUCAUGGCACGAGUGGAUCCGUCUUACAAGGCUCAACAGGAGAGAUGACUAUCAGCGCUUGGGGUCAGGGUCACAAGUAUACGCCAUCGGGACCAACUAAUUUCCAAGAAACCUUUACACCACCUACACGGCCUACCUCACUACUUGCCAGUGGUUCCUCUAGGUACUACACGAAGACGAAGCCUCAAUAUGAAGCAUCACCGACUUCUUCGUUCCUAAGCAUCAGAAAUGCCGGUGCAAAGGGAGAUGGCUCAACUGAUGAUACAUCAGCUAUCCAGUCCGCCAUAAACACCGCAGCUCAGUCUAAAAAGAUUCUAUUUUUCGACCAGGGCGUCUACAAAAUAACCAGCACACUCCACAUACCCCCUGGUUCACGCAUUGUAGGAGAGGCAUAUCCCGCAAUCAUGGCCAGCGGAGAUCUUUGGUCUAAAAUCGACCAGCCCAUACCUGUCAUCCAAGUCGGAAAACCAGGCGAGUCUGGUUCUGUUGAAUGGUCUGAUAUGCUUGUCAGCACCCAGGGCUCUACGCCUGGCGCAGUUCUCAUCGAGUGGAAUCUGGCCGCAGAACUAGGAUCUGGCAUGUGGGAUGUGCACACGCGGAUUGGAGGCUUUGCCGGCUCCAAGCUCCAAGCUGAGCAGUGUCCAACUUCGGCAGCUGUUUCUACUGCUUGUGAAGCGGCAUAUAUGUCGAUGCAUAUUACAAGUGCUGCUAGUGGUGUCUAUCUUGAGAAUGUUUGGCUCUGGACGGCGGAUCAUGAUCUUGAUGAUGGGCAUGAUACCCGUAUCUCUGUCUAUACCGGUCGUGGACUCCUAGUUGAAGGGAAGAACAUAUGGCUGUACGCAACAGCUGUCGAACACCACUCGCUGUAUCAAUACCAAUUCUUGAACUCCGAGUCUGUCGUAACUAGUUUCAUCCAAACAGAAUCACCAUAUUACCAACCAAACCCCGACGCAGCCCACGGUCCCUACCCCAGAAACUCCACCAUCCAAGAUCCCGACUACACCACCUGUCUCCCAGGGAACUGCGACUCCCUCAACCUCCGCAUCCUAGACAGUCGAAACACCAUCAUCUACGGUGCUGGCCUCUACAGCUUCUUCAACAACUACAGCACGACCUGCUCAGAAGCGACCAGCACGGAUAAAUGCCAAAGCGAGAUCUUUAGUAUCGAGGGAACCACGAGUGAUCUGGUUGUUUAUGUACUUAGUACCGUCGGGACGACGAAUAUGAUUGUCAAGGACGGUAAGUCGCUGGCGACGUAUGGUGAUAAUUUGGCCACUUUUGCGGAUACGAUUUCGUACUUUACCUUGUAG